UUUAUUAAUUUCGACAUAGUGUCUGUCAGUUCAAAAAAUUUCUUUUCAACAAUCAGUUGACAUCUUUCACACUCUUAGACGGAAAACGUUUUUUUUAUUUGGAAAACAUUUGGAUUUAAAAUUGGAGUUCUGUAAGUAAUUAAAUUGCAGGCAAUAUCGUUGCAAUAUGAAUAGAAUACUGAAACAGUCAGCCGAAUAAUUUAAUCUUAGAUAUUUUUCUUGGAAAUUUUCUUUUCAAGGUGAUUGGUUGAAGAAAAGAAUUCGACUUUAAUUCUCACCAUUUAUUCAUUGUUCAUUGCCACAACGAAAUUAAUUAAUGUUUUCAAAGGGUUCAAGAAGACAGUAAUUUGUUUGUUUUUCCAUUGGCAAUUAAGACAAUGCAAAUCACGCUGGCUCUACUUUGUUGUCUAUUGUGAAGGCUUUCUGCCUAUUUUUUAAUUCUUUUUCUAAUUCGACUGACAAUUCUAUUUUAAUUGUUUUGAGCCCGAGAUAGCGGCUAUUGUUGAUAUGUAUGAAUGAAUACAUCAGGAUUAUUAUCUUUCGAUUGUAAUCGAACGUAAAAUUACAUAACUUAAAUGAGUUGAAAAGUGACUUCUUUAGAAUAAUCUUGAUCGUUCAGUUCAGUGCGCACGGUGUGCCAGCCGUUAUGCGGUUGAAAAAGUCUCGAGUAUAUUUGUUUAUUUGAAAUAUUAUGUCACUUGUCUAAAUUUAGUUGAAUGCUUAAGUUUACAUUAGCUUUUGAUACAUCGUUUUUUGUUGUGCAUUACACAAUUUUCCACUGUCAUUGCUACAGAAUUGGGAUAGAAAAUUGAAUUUUAAUAUUUUUAAAUCGUCGGUACAGCAGACUUUGGAUUUAUUAAAGCGAUGAAUGAACCGACUUUUGCAUUUCAAUUGCAGUCCCAUCGGUGGUGGGAUAGUACCCUGUAUUCAUUCAUAAAUGUUGAAUUACUGAAAGCGAAUUUGAUAAGCUUUGCCGAUGAACGAACGUUCUGUUUGUUUAUACUGAAAAUUAAAUUCCUUUUGCGUAGUUGUGGUACCCUUGUACUUUGAACAAAUACAACAAUUAAAUGUAGACGUUUCGCUAUUGCGGUUUAAUGAGGCGUAAAGAGUGAUUAGACCAAGACGCUAUUAUGAGACCUGAUAUCGUACCCAUUGCAAUCGGAAUCAGUUUAUGCAGCGCCAGCGCUCUACUUUUGUACAUCUGGUACAAAACCAAAGAUAGAGAAGACGAUGAUCUGAAUUCACCCGUGAAAUCCUCCUCCAAAUCAUCCAAAAUUACGAAAGUCGACUGCAUCGUGCCAAAUAAUGUUGUGCCACUGGUUGUGGGUCGCGGUGGAGCUAACGUUAAGUCGAUUGAAGGCAAAACCAACACUCAAAUCCGAUUCAGAGUUAAGGACGACAACAGUCAAAUUUGUGAAAUAAGUGGCAAAUUGGAGGAUGUAAAGAAAGCUGCUGAACUGAUCAACAUACAGGCAUCGCCUCCGCCAAAUUUAACCGAAGAAAUGCUGGUGCCACAAACGGCAUACGGUAAAAUUGUUGGUAGAUGUGGUGAGGCCUUGCAGGAAAUCUGUCGUAAAUCUCAGGCUAAGGUGCAUAUUGACGCUGGUGACCGUGGCGAAGGUGACAUGCGACGUCUAUGUAUUACGGGUACCCGAGCUCAUGUCAAUAUGGCAAAAAAGUUGAUUGAAGAGAAGAUUCGCAUUGACAAAGAAAGUCGAGACAACUUAGAAGUGAAACGUGAACCUCGUGGCAACGUAAAACCGGUCGUGGAGAGUGCAACUGCUGCUGUUGCUACGGCAGCAGACGACAAGUCAGACGUUGUACUGCAGCCGACACGCGAAAAAUUGCCCACUAGCAUCAUUGAAGGGCAACUGGAAGUGUAUGUUUCGGCAGUGGCAUCACCGUCACGUUUCUGGGUACAAUUGUUCGGAAAACAGUCCAGUCAAUUGGACAACCUCACCACAUCGAUGACGGAAUAUUAUGAGAAAGCGGAUAAUCAGAAUUUGCACAAAAUCGCCGAUCCGUAUUUGGGACAAAUUGUUGCCGCUAUGUUCAAAUACGAUAGUAAAUGGUAUCGUGCCGAAAUCGUUGGAAUACUUCCGAACGAUUACAAUCCGCGUGACGUAAUAUUGGAUCUGUAUUUUGUUGAUUUUGGCGACAGCGAGUACGUUCACCCGAAGGAAGUGUUUGAGCUGAGAACUGAUUUUUUAACAUUGAGAUUUCAGGCAAUCGAAUGUUUCUUAGCUAAAGUCAAGCCGAAAAAUAAUGCCGAACUUUGGGAACAGGAUGCCAUAUCCAGAUUCGAAGAUCUGACACACGUUGCCAGAUGGGAAAAAAUGACUGCUCGAGUUGUAACAACGAAAGAACGGAAAUAUGGAGACGCGAUCAAACGGGAAGGAUCUCCGAUUCCUGGUCUGGAGAUUUUCAAUGUCGACACACCCGACAUCAAUAUUGCUGACCAACUAAUUAGCGAAGGCUAUGCGGAUAUUAUUACAUCAAACAGUGGUCACAGUCGGAGCACCGAAGAUGUUCUUCGGCUGGAUGGUGGUUCCGAUUCGAAUACCAAGAAGGUGGAGAAAAACCAUCGUGAUGAAAGUGAUAAAUUUGCUGAAAUCGUUAAACCGAUCAACGGGAAUCAUGAACCGGUUCCGAAGUCCAAUUUGAAAAAUAGUUCGUCAUCGUUCAUCGAUACGGAGAAACAGAACGGAAAUAAAGUGACAAGUGCAAAAGACAUGGGAACAGUCGAUAGAAACUCAAAUCGAUCGCAUAUAGUGACGUAGAAUAGAGACAAUGGAAUGAGUGUUGUCGGAGGAUGGGGGAAUUGGAAUCAAAAUUAUAAUUUCCAUCGUAAAUUCCCGUUGUAAAUAUUUUUUUUUCUCUUCUUUGAUUGACGCAAUGAAUUUUAUUUCGGGACAAUUUCCUGUUUGCUUUUGACAGGCUGACUCAAACCGUGAUUUGUAAUUUGUUUUGCCAUCGUUUGAUACUAAUUUUAUGAUUUAAACAAACGGAAUAAAUUGCAGCAGCAUGUCAUUCGCAAAAUACUGAAUUUGGAUGAAUGGUCCUUGUACACUUUGAGGAUUGUUGGGGAGAUUUUUUUUUAAAUUUUAAACAUUUUUUAUCCGAUACCUUGGAUAGACUCAUCGGAUCGAGAAUACAUCGAACAUUUAGCUGAAUAUUUAAAAUGUUCCGGCGGAACAUUAUACACCGAAAUAGUCAGACUUCCAACACUUUCAAUCGAAUAUACCAGUACUCGAAAAUGUUUAGUUUGUUGCUUACAGUUCAUAAGUUUAUGUUACAAAAAUUGCUAUGCAAAGAAAUUGUAAUUGCUGUUUUAUUGGGUUAGACUUUUAGAUAUAUAAGUUUAAGAUACAGCAUCGCCAUCAUUAAUGAGGACUCAAUAAAAAUUUAUUUUUUAUUAGAA